AUGGCCGCCGCCGCCCCGGCCCGCAGGCUCCUCCUGCGCCUGCGCCUCGGCAACCCGCCGCCGCUCCCCGUCCCGCUCCUUUCCCACAUCGCGCCGCAGCUCCUCCCGCAUCAGCCGCCGCCGCCAGCCCCGGCGGCUCCACUCCCCGGCUCUCCGGCGCCAAGCCCGGACCCGAAGCUCCGGGACCUCCUCUUCGCCUUCCACCCCGCCGUCCACAUAUACCCGUCCCUCGUCGACCCCAUAGGAGGGGACGACGUGUGUGAGGGCGGGGCGGAGGUGUGGGCGGACAGCGUGAAGAAGAAGCGGAAGCGCAAGAUGAACAAGCACAAGCUCCGCAAGCUCCGGAAGCGCCUCCGCCGCCAGACAUGAGCGCUGCACUGCAUCCCGGCUCGAGGAUUGUAAGUGCAAGGGGCGAUGCCGUUGCCACACUGGAUACGAGCUGAUUCUUUUACCAGUUUAUUUGUUUGGUUAUAGGAGUAGCCAGUUGAGAACCAGAAAGCAAUUGCUGUGACCAGGCAUGCACGUAGAAACUCAGCUAGUACCGUAAUGGCAACGAACCAGAAGCCGUCUGUUUCGUUUCUGGCUUUCUGGCCAAUAA